AUGGGAUUGAUUGUUCUCAAACCAUUUCCAGAUAUAUACCCACGUUUAGAUAUCUUGGAUUUCUAUGACAAUGAAACAUAUAGACCACAUCUCGAUUUACUUAUUCAAAGUUAUCAAGCAAUGUAUGAUCGCCCCUACGAAGAUAUGCGAUCGUUUUAUCGGGUUGCUGGUAUUCAUGGGUUGCCUUAUGAACCUUAUGAUGGAGUUACUGGCGAUGCACAUGAAUAUAAAUCAUCGAAAGGUCGUUGGGGCGGAUAUUGUCAUCAUGGAGAUAGUUUAUUUAUAACAUGGCAUAGACCAUUUAUGCUUUUGUUUGAAUCUUUGAUAGUUAUUGAAGCUAAAAAAAUUGCUUUACAAUACCAUGAUAAUGAAAAGGAAAAGUAUGUUGAAGCGGCAAAGCAACUUCGUCAUCCCUAUUUUGAUUGGGCUGAUGAAAAGGCAAUAAAAGGAGUUCCAGAAAUAUUUCUAAUACCUGAAAUCGAGAUAAAUACGCCAGAUGGCAGGAAAAAUGUUACAAAUCCGCUAAAAAGUUAUACUUUACCUGUAGAUCUUUCAUAUCCUCUAGAAAAAGGUCAUAAUCCAUGGGAUAAACCACAUUAUAUUAUUCCAAAUAUUACAUCUGAUCCAUUUACACCUGCCGGUUAUCCUACAAUUAGAUAUCCUAAUGCUAAUUAUGAAGAUCAAAAUAAUAUAUUAAAUUCUAAUCUAUCCGUGUAUGUUUCUACAGUAUUUAGACCUGGGUUGUAUCAAAUGUUUCAUCUUAGCAAUUACCUACUUUUUAGCACCCGUGGUACACAACAGAUAAAUGUGUCUUCAGGUCUUCCGCCUCCUUCAGCAUUUUUUGAAUCUGCACAUUUUACAUCCAUUGAGACAAUUCACGAUGCCUUUCAUGUAGUAAGUGGUGGCCUUGGAGGUCAUAUGGCUCAUGUAAACACAGCUGCAUUUGACCCAUUGUUUUUUUGCCAUCAUUUUAAUAUCGACCGUCUUUUUGCACUUUGGCAGGGAGUAUUUCCUAAUAGUUGGAUUUCACAAAAUAUUGAUGUCAACGGAACUUAUACAGAAGAAAUGAACACAGUGAUAGAUGAAAAUACAGAUUUAACGCCAUUUCGAAAGACAAAAACAGAAUUCUGGAAAUCUUCAGAUAUUCGAGAUAUAGAAAAACUUGGGUAUACGUAUCCUCAAGUUACGAUGUUUAAAGGUCAAGAUCCCAAAAAAUUACAAGCAUAUCUUCUUAAGCUCUAUAAACCUGAUCCUUAUUAUGGACGCAGAUUUUUUGUAAAGCUGACUAUAGAAGAGGGUAAAUUAUUUGGACCAUUUUGUAUUAGAGUAUUUGUUAAUUUGAAAAAUGCAACUGCCCAAACACCAAUAACUUCACCUCAUUUUGCUGGUCUCGUUGCUAUGUGGCAUAAUAUUAAUCAUUUUCAUGCUAGUAAUAAUACUUUUGUCGUGGAAACUAUUGAUAUUACGGCAGCUAUGAGCCGAUUGGGAAUACAGAUAGAAAUGCAUAAUUGUACACAAGUCAAUAAUACAACAGAUUUGUUAAAUUCAGCUACGAUUUUUGACAUUGAAAAUAAUAUCACGAUAGUUCCUGUUUUAAUAAAUGGAAUGGGAGUUAGAUUGAAAGAAGCUGGAGUUGAUAUGGUUGAAGUUAUUUCAUUCGAACACGAUAAAGUAAAUCCAAAUUUCUUGGUAGAAAACACCG